AUGAGUCCUCAGACGUACAACACUAGCACAGAGUUUGUCUUGGUGGGCCUCUCCAAUGACCGUGAGACGCAGAUUCUACUCUUUGUGGUCAUUCUCCUCAUCUAUAUACUUACCCUUGUGGGGAAUACAGGGAUCAUUGUGUUGGUACAGAACAACAACCACCUCCACACACCCAUGUACUUCUUUCUGACACACCUCUCCAGUGUGGAGAUCUUUUAUAUCAACACUACCGUUCCCCAGAUACUCGCUCACCUUCUAGCGGGUCGUGCGGAAUUGUCCUCAACCCGUUGUGCAUUACAGAUGUACACGGCUUUGGCCCUAGCGAGCACUGAAUCCCUUCUGCUGGGCAUCAUGGCCUACGACCGUUAUUUGGCCAUCUGCCAUCCCCUGACCUAUGCCACUGCCAUGGGAAGACAGUGCCAGUUCCAGCUUGCCUCAGCCUGCUGGGUAGCUGGCUUUCUCAUUGCUGCCAUAUGUGUGAGCGUCACCUUUAGCCACCCCUUCUGUGGCCCCUGCUGCGUCCAACAUUUCAUCUGUGAGGUACCAAUGGUGCUGAGGCUCGCAUGCAAUGACACCUUUAUCACAGAAAUCAUCAUUUUUGUCUCUGCAGCAUUGGUCCUCUUAUGUCCUGUUUCAAUCAUCUUGACUUCCUAUGGACUCAUUCUGGUGUCUUUGUUCCGAAUGCGCUCAGCUACUGGACUGCGUAAGGCCUUAUCUACAUGUGGCUCCCAUUUAACUGUGGUCGUCAUGUUUUAUAGCAUUGCCAGUUUUGUCUAUAUCUUACCACAGUCAGGAGCCUCUGCUGACAAUGGCAAGGAGGUCGCUGUGUUUUACGUUGUGGUCACCCCGCUUCUGAACCCCAUCAUAUACACUCUGAGAAACAAGGAUGUCCAUGAGGCAAUGGCCAAGGUGGUACGAACAUGGGGAUUUGAGAGGAAAGGAUAA